CCUUGUUUUCUCGCAGCUAGUGGCAGUGGGCACAGCCGGGACACUGACUCCUGCGGGCUGCGUGUACGCGCUUGUCUCUGCGCUCCCUUCCACGCCCUUCCCAGUUUCCUGUUAGCUUAAGGGAUCGCUCCUUCUGAACGGAGAAAAGUUCUCGGCCCGGCUGAAGCUCCCGGAAAAGGCUCUUCCGCGUGCCCCAGGCUGGGCUAGGGGUGGGAGCCCAAAGCAGAGCCUUGGAUCUGCGGGCGCGGAAAGGACCCGCAUCCCGCGCGCCGGUGGGCGAGGAGUCGCAGAGGAUGGCCGGGGCUGGCGGCCAGCACCACCCUCCGGGCGCCGCGGGAGGAGCAGCGGCUGUGGCCAGCACCGCGGCUUCUCCGGCCCCUGCGGCGGCGGGCCCGGGAGAAGACUCGUCUGACAGCGAAGCGGAGCAGGAAGGACCCCAGAAACUGAUCCGCAAAGUGUCCACCUCGGGGCAGAUCCGGACCAAGACCAGUAUCAAAGAGGGACAACUACUGAAGCAAACCAGUUCUUUCCAAAGGUGGAAAAAGCGAUAUUUCAAACUUCGAGGCCGUACACUUUAUUAUGCAAAGGAUUCAAAGUCUCUCAUAUUUGAUGAAGUUGACCUCUCCGAUGCCAGCGUAGCUGAAGCAAGCACAAAAAAUGCGAACAACAGCUUCACGAUAAUCACUCCAUUUCGAAGGCUGAUGCUUUGCGCUGAGAACAGAAAGGAGAUGGAGGACUGGAUUAGCUCCCUGAAGUCUGUACAAACCAGAGAGUCUUACGAGGUGGCCCAGUUUAAUGUGGAACAUUUCUCAGGGAUGCAUAACUGGUACGCCUGCUCCCACGCCCGCCCCACCUUCUGUAACGUGUGCAGAGAAAGUCUUUCUGGAGUCACCUCCCACGGCCUGUCCUGUGAAGUGUGUAAAUUCAAGGCUCACAAAAGAUGUGCCGUAAGGGCUAUAAAUAACUGCAAGUGGACCACGCUGGCCUCCAUUGGGAAGGACAUCAUAGAGGACGAAGAUGGAAUUGCCAUGCCUCACCAGUGGCUGGAAGGCAAUUUGCCCGUGAGCGCCAAGUGUGCUGUCUGCGACAAGACGUGUGGCAGCGUGCUGCGUCUUCAGGACUGGCGAUGUCUUUGGUGUAAAGCAAUGGUACACACAGCCUGCAGAGAGUCCUACCACCUUGUAUGUCCUCUUGGCCAAUGUAAAGUCUCUAUUAUACCUCCAAUUGCACUAAACAGCACCGAUUCUGAUGGUUUCUGUAGAGCAACAUUUUCAUUCUGUGUUAGUCCUCUCUUGGUUUUUGUCAAUUCUAAGAGUGGAGAUAAUCAGGGAGUAAAGUUCCUUCGUCGUUUUAAACAGUUGCUAAAUCCGGCUCAAGUGUUUGAUUUGAUGAAUGGAGGUCCUCAUUUGGGCUUGAGGUUAUUUCAGAAAUUUGACAAUUUCCGGAUUCUCGUAUGUGGAGGAGAUGGAAGUGUAGGUUGGGUUUUGUCAGAAAUUGAUAAACUCAACCUGAAUAAGCAGUGUCAGCUGGGAGUGUUGCCCUUGGGCACAGGAAAUGACCUGGCUCGAGUGCUUGGCUGGGGAGCUUCAUAUGACGAUGACACCCAACUUCCUCAGAUACUGGAGAAGCUGGAACGAGCCAGUACAAAAAUGUUGGACAGGUGGAGUAUAAUGACGUAUGAACUCAAAUUGCCACCAAAGGCUUCUCUGCUUCCAGGACCUCCAGAGACGUCUGAAGUGCUUUAUAUGACAAUUUAUGAAGACUCAGUUGCAAAUCAUCUUACGAAGAUUGUCAAUGCUGGUGAACAUGCGGUGGUCAUAGCAUCUACCAAGGUACUCUGUGAAACCAUAAGGGAUUUCAUAGCCAAAAUAGAGAAAGCCUGUGACAAGUCCUUGGAAAAUACUGUGGAGACCGAUACACUGGCCAGCAAAUGUUCGUUGCUGAAAGAGAAGCUGGAAGAACUGCUGCAGGCCUUGCACACAGACUUCCAAGAGGCCCCAGCCCAUCCGGGUGUCAGCCCAGUCAUCGUGGAGGAGGAUGUUGUGGAAUCUUCAAGUGAAGAGUCCUUGUGGGAAAGCAAAGACCAGCUUGUGGAUAACAUCACAAAACCUUGCUCCCCCAAAUCUGGCAAACACAGGGAGAUAAUGCUGCGGGCGAACAGUUUAAAGAAGGCAGUGAGGCAAGUCAUUGAAGAAGCUGGAAAAGUUAUAGACGAGCAGACGCAUCAGUCCUGUGAAGCAGUUAACCAGUCAUCUGAUUACGACAGUACAGAAACAGAUGAAUCUAAAGAAGAGUUGAGAGAUUAUGACACAAAAGAAUUUGUAACUGAGUCCCAGACAGGUCGUGGCCCUUCCCAGCCUGAUUGUGUGCCUGCUGCAGCAGUGGCGGCCAGCAGAGAGAACCUGCCUGUCCUCAAUACCCGAAUCAUCUGCCCAGGUUUAAGAGCAGGACUAGCUGCCUCAAUUGCCGGGAGUUCUAUCAUCAACAAAAUGUUACUAGCAAAUGUUGAUCCUUUUGGUGCAACACCAUUUAUUGACCCAGAUCUGGAUUCCCUAGAUGGAUAUACAGAAAAAUGUGUCAUGAACAAUUACUUUGGGAUUGGAUUAGAUGCCAAAAUAUCAUUAGAAUUUAACAAUAAGAGAGAAGAGCACCCGGAAAAAUGCAGGAGCCGAACCAAAAACUUGAUGUGGUAUGGAGUCCUUGGGACCCGGGAGUUAUUACAGAGAUCAUACAAGAAUUUAGAACAAAGGGUUCAACUUGAAUGUGAUGGGCAGUACAUCCCCCUCCCCAGUCUGCAAGGCAUAGCAGUGUUGAACAUCCCUAGCUAUGCCGGUGGUACCAACUUCUGGGGUGGGACCAAAGAGGACGAUAUAUUUGCUGCACCAUCCUUUGACGAUAAGAUCCUGGAAGUCGUGGCGAUAUUUGAUAGCAUGCAAAUGGCGGUCUCGAGGGUCAUCAAACUGCAGCAUCAUCGAAUAGCCCAGUGUCGUACUGUAAAGAUCACUAUAUUUGGUGAUGAGGGAGUCCCCGUACAGGUGGAUGGAGAAGCCUGGGUCCAACCUCCAGGGAUUAUCAAAAUUGUACACAAAAACAGAGCUCAGAUGCUAACCAGGGACCGAGCAUUUGAAAACACUCUUAAGUCUUGGGAAGACAAACAGAAGUGUGAUUCUGGCAAACCAGUUAUCCGAACCCAUCUGUACCUCCAGCAUGCUAUUGACUUGGCAACGGAAGAGGUGUCACAGAUGCAGCUGUGCUCCCAGGCAGCCGAGGAGCUCAUUACCAGGAUAUGUGAUGCAGCCACAAUCCACUGUCUUUUGGAGCAAGAGCUGGCCCAUGCCGUCAAUGCGUGCUCACAUGCACUAAACAAAGCCAACCCACGGUGCCCGGAGAGUCUUACCAGAGACACCGCUACUGAAAUAGCCAUCAAUGUGAAGGCACUGUAUAAUGAAACAGAAUCUUUGCUAGUUGGCAGAGUUCCUCUGCAGUUGGAGUCUCCCCACGAAGAGAGGGUGUCCAGUGCCUUACACUCUGUGGAGGUGGAGUUACAGAAACUAACUGAGAUUCCCUGGCUUUAUUAUAUAUUGCACCCGAACGAGGAUGAGGAGCCCCCUAUGGAUUGCACCAAAAGGAACAGCAGAAGCACGGUGUUUCGGAUAGUGCCGAAAUUUAAGAAGGACAAGGUUCCGAAGCAGAAGGCCAGUUCCCAGCCUGUUCAGAAAUGGGGCACAGAGGAAGUUGCUGCUUGGCUGGAUCUGCUCAAUUUGGGAGAGUACAAAGAAAUCUUCAUCCGCCAUGACAUCAGAGGGGCUGAACUUUUGCAACUGGAGAGGCGAGAUCUUAAGGACCUGGGGAUACCGAAAGUGGGUCAUAUGAAGCGAAUUCUCCAGGGAAUUAAAGAGCUUGGCAAGAGCGUGCCUCAGUCUGAAGUGUAAUCAUUUUGGUGCUAUUCCUUGGAAGUGAAGUCCUUGCUACACAAUACAAAGUGCACGGAAGCCUUCAGCUGAUCUCAUAGUUCCCGCAGUAGAUGAGGCAGCACCACUGAAGCAGCCCCAGGGCUUGCUGUUCUCCUGUGGGUAAAAGAUUUUGAUUUGAGGUAUUAGAAAAUAUUUUUGUGCCAAAGCAUACAUUCCACAAAGCCUGUUUGCUCGUUGUGCAAACCUGACAUGUUCACAUAUACUUACCAUAGUGAAAAGAGUAGGAAGAAUCUGAGAAGAUUGUAUUAUCUGAUGAGUGGAAUGAAAUGUUUACUUUCCUC